UCAGACUCUAGCUUGCGCCGCAUAGCGAAGUCGCAGCCAGUGUCUUGGACCCAAGGUGGAGAACCCCACUGCGCUCGACCAGAAUCGGAAGCCUCCCGCGUCCCGACGCCCGCCGUUUCCUCCUCGCCUCCAUCCUCCACAGAUGCUUCGCUUCCUCCUCCCCCGUCCCGCCUUCAGGAAGCCUUGCCGGAGCGCCGCCGCCGGCCUUCUCGCCCUCGCCGCUGCAGCCGGCGGCGCCACCCUCGCUGCCUCCUCCUCCGAUUCCACCCAAACAACUAUUUCCGUCUCCUUCCCGUUCCGCCACUUUCUCCCAUCGUCGACAUCGGAGUUCUCCUUGAGGGGAAUUUAGCUUCCCUCUCUUCUCUAAUCCUCAUGGGUCUCCUUUGCCGCAUUCCGCUAGUUCUAUUCCAUCAACAAGUCCGGUUAAGGAAAACUCUGGAGAAAACGAAGAUGAUUCGAGGUGCUGCCGGGGUUGUUUGGGCCGGAAUACAAUCGUCAAGGCGGCGGCGGCUGUUGGUCCAGCUGUCGUUAACAUUUCCGUUACACAAGGUAUUCAUGGGCUGAUGCUUGGGAAGAGUAUUGGGUCUGGAACGAUUAUAGAUCCCAAUGGAACGAUCUUGACCUGCGCACAUGUUGUGGUAGACCAUCAGAGCACAACGAGGGAUUUUAGAGGGAAGAUUAGUGUCACUUUACAAGAUGGUCGAGAAUUCGAGGGAACUGUGGUUAAUGUCGAUUUACAUUCUGAUAUUGCUUUGCUGAAGAUCAAAUCCAAAACUCCUUUACCUGCAGUGAAAUUUGGGUCAUCAUCUAAGCUUCGUCCAGGUGACUGGGUUCUUGCUCUGGGAUGCCCACUUUCUCUACAAAAUACAAUCACAUCUGGCAUCGUAAGCUGUGUUGAUCGUAAAAGCAGUGAUUUGGGUCUUGGUGGAGUUCGAAGGGAGUACUUGCAAACAGAUUGUGCUAUCAACCAGGGUAAUUCUGGUGGUCCCCUUGUGAACCUUGAUGGUGAGAUUGUGGGAGUUAAUAUUAUGAAAGUUGCAGCUGCCGAUGGUUUGAGCUUUGCAGUACCAAUUGAUUCAGUUGUUAAAAUAAUCGAGCAAUUUAGGAAGAACGGAAGAGUGGUCCGGCCUUGGCUUGGAUUAAAGAUGAUGGACCUCAAUGAAAUGAUCAUUGCACAAAUUAAAGAAAGAAAUGCUCCAUUUCCGGAUGUAAGCAAAGGCGUGCUUGUGCCCAUGGUGACUCCAGGAUCCCCAGCUGAACGUGCUGGAUUUCACCCAGGUGAUGUAGUCAUUGAAUUUGAGGGAAAACCUGUUGGAGGCAUCAAAGAGAUUAUUGAAAUAAUGGGGGAUAAGGUUGGGCAGCCUCUGAAAGUGCUUGUUAAACGAGAGAAAAAUACAUUGGUGACCUUGACUGUAGUUCCAGAGGAGGCAGACCCUGGGAGGUGACAUCAGAUUUGUCUGUGGUGGACUUCCUCUGGAUGUUCUAUAGAGAUUUCAAGCAAGGAACCUUUUUUGUUGACACCCACAUGUUGAAGUGCUAAACCAAGAAAUUUUGACAAUAUGAUUACAAACUUUAAAAGAGGCAAAAAUGUUGAAGUGCUAAACUAGAUUAAUUUUACAAAUAAUUUGCAAAUUUUGCAGAGCAGAUGCCAUGGUACAUGAUUUCUAUGUAGGCAAAAAUAAGCUAGAGUUUCAAGCCCUGCAGACGCUUAUGUUGCAUGUACACAAGGUUGUUUGUAAAAGUGCUGAGCCAAGUUGAUUUUUGACAAUAUAGAGCAUGGAAGUCAAACAUGUAAUGUUGUAUAAACAUUCAAUGGAAAUGUUCAAGAUUGGUUUGCA